AAACCGCACUCAUCAAGUUCUCAAAUUCAAAGCAUUUGUACCUAGCCAACACCCAGCAGUAGCCAUGGUGGAGAUCUUUAGCAUGGACGUCAAGGAACCUCACACGGCGAAACGCAAAUUGAAGCUUCCCAACCGUUCAAAAAUUAACGAAGUUCCACAGAAUCAGGUGUUCAGGGUUAGCGAUAAUGGGAAGACAUGGAACUGUCACAUAGAAUCGUCCACUGCCACUGGUCAGCACCAUCUCCAUGUUGAACCAUGGAAUGAUUUUGAGAGCAGAAUUAAAGGCAGGACGAUCAGCCUUCGCAAAGAAGAUCGUUCCGACCCAGAAGAUCCUUCCGACCCGAACGCUACGCCGUACAAAUUUGAAAUCCAGUAAUUGAGAAAGUGGUUGUUCAUAUUUUUAGACUUGCUUUUAAGUAUUUCCUAGUUAAGUAUCUUUUUAGAGAAUAAAAAAUGUUUUUUUCA